CCCCUGCUCUCCGCUGCUGCAAAGAAAGACCCCAGACCCACCGACGGGUACCUGGACGUGGCGCGCGGACCCGUGACGCUCUCCUCUUCUGCAGAAACGCCCCCUCCCCCUGUUGCUCACCCUCAGCCUCUCCCCCCGAGAACCCGGGCUCCCCGGCUGUGGGGAGAGACCCCGGCUCCUGCCGUAGAGCCUCGGACCACUUCCAUUCUGGUGCGCCAGAGCCAUCUUGAGUGAUGGCAGAGACGCUCCCUACUAGCCUUCUCGUGCCAGUUCCUUCCUUCCCAGUCUCCCACUGUAGGUUUUGAGUAGCAGGCGGCUCUUCCCACUGUGAGUCUGCGCUUGGAGCCGUGAACUCCUCUGCUCGCGUCUCUCUGCCCGGUGGGCUUCAGAGCCAUGGCAACGGAGGAGAAGAAGCCAGAGACGGAGGCCGCCAGAGCACAGCCCACCCCUUCCUCCUCGGCCACGCAGAGCAAGCCCACUCCCGUUAAACCAAACUAUGCCCUGAAAUUCACCCUGGCUGGCCACACGAAAGCCGUGUCCUCCGUGAAAUUCAGCCCGAACGGCGAGUGGCUGGCGAGUUCGUCCGCUGAUAAGCUCAUUAAAAUUUGGGGAGCAUAUGACGGAAAGUUUGAGAAAACCAUAUCUGGCCACAAGCUGGGAAUAUCCGAUGUGGCCUGGUCUUCAGAUUCUAAUCUCCUUGUUUCCGCCUCGGAUGAUAAAACCCUAAAGAUAUGGGACGUGAGCUCGGGAAAGUGUCUGAAAACCCUGAAGGGGCACAGUAACUACGUCUUUUGCUGUAACUUCAACCCCCAGUCCAACCUCAUCGUCUCGGGCUCUUUUGACGAAAGCGUGAGGAUAUGGGACGUGAAAACCGGAAAGUGCCUGAAGACUCUGCCUGCCCACUCGGACCCCGUCUCAGCUGUUCAUUUUAAUCGGGAUGGAUCCUUGAUCGUGUCAAGCAGCUACGAUGGUCUCUGCCGGAUCUGGGACACCGCCUCGGGCCAGUGCCUGAAGACCCUGAUCGAUGACGACAACCCGCCUGUGUCUUUUGUGAAGUUCUCUCCAAACGGCAAGUACAUCCUGGCUGCGACCCUGGACAACACGCUGAAGCUCUGGGACUACAGCAAAGGGAAGUGCCUGAAGACCUACACUGGCCACAAGAAUGAGAAAUACUGCAUUUUUGCAAAUUUCUCCGUCACUGGUGGGAAGUGGAUCGUGUCUGGUUCCGAGGACAACCUGGUGUACAUUUGGAACCUGCAGACCAAGGAGAUUGUACAGAAACUACAGGGCCACACAGACGUCGUCAUCUCCACGGCCUGCCACCCGACGGAGAACAUCAUCGCCUCUGCCGCGCUGGAGAACGACAAGACCAUUAAGCUCUGGAAGAGUGACUGCUAGGCGCCGCGGGGGCUGGCGGGAAGGUGGCCGGUCGGCGAGCAGCGCGGUGUCUGGAGGGGGCCCCUCCGUCCGGGCCUGGGGGUCGGGAGGGGCCUGGAUGGAGCCACCGCCGAGGACGACGUGGCGGAGGGGGUGUCUACCACCAGAAGGUUCUACAGGUUGCUGGUGACAUUUCUUGCCGAUCCCUCUCACGCUGUCUGGGGAAGUUUCUGGUCUGUAUUGUGUUCAAACAGAGUCAACACAAAUUUUUAAUUUUUUAUUACAGAAGGGUGAAGUUCAAUUUAUCAUGAGUUGUGUUUUUUUCCAGUAAAUGUUCUGUACCUUCUCUGGUAUCUUAUUACCCAGUGCAAGUGCGGCCAGCAGCCGCCCCCGCGGCCCCCCUUGUCUGUUCGGUAGAUGCUCUAGCGACACGGUCCGCGGUCAGCGGUUCCUGCUGUUGUCGUGCCCAGUGUGUGCGGUCUUUCCGGAAAACACAGAACGCCGUAAGAUUCUUUCCGUGUAAAACCCUUUGUAUGUGGGAGUUCGUGGUUCCCGUGCGGACAGCGUGGCGUUGUUCUGGUACCUCCCUGUGUCCCCCCGCGGGCCCCCCGCGCGCCCCCGCGAGCUGUAAUAAAAGGUAGGAGUCUGCGCAGCCGUGGCGACGGAGUUCUCACGCGAAGCCUGUCUGCGCUUGGCCUUUUCACGAAAAGUCUCCCCGAUGGCAGGAAGUGGAGGGUUCCCGCGCCCUCCCCGCCUGGGAAGCCCGGCGCCACGGAGGAGGGCUCCCCUCCCCGUGUGGGCCGGGGAUGUGUGAGGGGGUCCGGGGGCAAACCCGGGAAUUCCGUUUAGCUGGAAGGGAGCUGGUGUCCCUGAAGUGUCCCGCCGAACGUCGCAGGCGGCCGUGUGCGCGAAGGCUGGGCCGUAGGAGGCCCCGAGGCCGCGGGUCCAGGCUCAGCUCAGGCUGGGCUUCGUCUCCCCGCUGCCGACCUCGGGACCCGAGGGCUUCGUGGGGUUCCCGGGGCUGGCACGGCACGGGGAGCCGGGUGCCGCCCACCCCCGCGGCCCGAGUGCUGGGGCGGGAGCCUCCGGUGGUGCGGCUUCCUGAAGGGGUGUGGGGGGGGAGAGCGGGGUGAGGGGGCGGUGCUGGGAUUGCCAGGCUCGGGGACCCCUGUGUGCAGCGGUCCCCCCCACCCCCACCCCGCCCUGCCUUUCCUGGGGCCCCGGGUCCUGGGCUGGGGAAACGGGGCUGCUCUCGACAGGCUUCCCGGCCCCCCCCAGUGGCCGUGGUUGCUCAGACGGGGGUGGCGAUUCUAACAAAAGGCAUCUGGAAACGGAUUCCCUUGUGUCUCCCCGUCCUCUCCCCGGGAGGCGGACGGCGGGCGGGCUGUCUGCGCAGAGGUGAACUGCAGUAGAAUGCGGUCAGCACCCGGGGCCGGGGAAACCCACUUGGCAGCGUAUUUUGGUAGGAAAGGCGGAGGCCGCGUGUCGGCAACGUUCCUGAGACCUUGGGACUGUCUCGUUGGUUCUGGUGUGACAGCUCAGCUCGGCCCUCGGGGCAGAGGGGUGUGGACGCGGAGCGCUGUGCCCUUGGAUAUAGUUUAUUUUUUCUACGUUUGAAUUCUCUGUUGUAGAUUUGUGUAAAGAUACAUCUCUCUUUUAAAAAUAAAGAUUUUCAUGUCUUGUAA